AUGUGCGAUUUACCCCUCCAAGGGGGUCGUCGGGCGGCGGAGGGGUGUUUGGUGGUGCAGUGCGCGCGAUGCGGGCAUGGCGGGCACGUCGCCCACAUCCGCGCGUGGUGGCGCCAUCCGAAGGUCACGGGAUGCCCGAAAGGAUGCGAUUGCAAGUGUAUCUAUUGA